GGACAGCAGAGCCAAAGGUACAGCAGCACAGUGCGUCGAGCUGAGAGAUGGAGCUGACCGGCUGUGAGCGCAAAUAAACCGAGGAGGACACCAGAUGAAGAGAGGGAAUACAAACCAUGAUUGAUUCUGACUAGAACAAAAACAAAUCUUCACAUCUAAAGCCAGGACCCCCUCAGAGACAGCAGCGUCAUGACACCAGUCCUGCAUUGAGCCUCUCCUCGUGGGUUGGCAUGGCCCAGCGAUGAACGGAGCGGUGGUGCCCGGUAGCCCGGAGCUCUCCUCCUCGUGCCCGCUGCCAGACUGGCGAGAGUUCUGUGAGCUCCAUGCCAGAGCCUCCGCUGCAGACUUCGCCGACAAGUUCCAACGCUUCCUGUUGGAAAACCCGAUCUACGACUCGCCUGGUGCCGAUGCUAGCUUCUCACAGCACUUUGCCCACCACUUCCUAGAGUGCUUCUCUGCCGCACUGACCCAGGCCCGGGAGAACCAGGCGUCCUCGCCGGGAGAGGACGGCUCCAACACAGUGCCCAAGUACAGCAUUGUUCCUUUCCUGGGAAUCCAGGGCUGUCCGCUGUCCUAUGGUCACGACAUUUAUCAGAGACGCAAGGACGUGGGGGCUUCAAGUGAAUCCCUGGACAGCAUGGACAGCGGAGGGGGAGGGAUAGACGGGGCAGGCAGUGCCACCGCCUCCCGAGGCCCCCAGUCCACCCACAAGGUGUCCGCUCUGGGACAGUCCCGCAGCUCAGAGGAUGUGUCGGUCAGUCACCCAAAAGCUCGCUUCAAGAAAGGAUUCUCCCUGAGGAACAUGAGCCUAUGUGUGGUGGAUGGGGUGAAGGAGAUGUGGCACAGACGGGCCUCCCCUGAACCUGAAGGACCCUCUGUACUUAGAAGGGCCAACGGGGGAGUAAUGGGAGCAGCAGGAGGGGGAGUGGAGGCUGCGGGGGGAGAGAAGUGGUCCAAUAAGCUGCGUCUUCCCAGAGGCUCCCAGGGCCACAAGGCUGAGAUGCUGGAGAUCCAGAGGGAGGGAGCGCUGAGGUUCAUGGUGGCCGACGACACAAACUGUAUGGGGGCUGCACAGUGGCAGAAGUGCCGCCUCCUGCUGAGGAAGACGAGGAGGGAGGAAGGAGGCGAGAAGUUCCUGCUGGAGUUCUACGUGCCACCCAAGUCCUCAAAGCCUAAAGUCAGCAUCCCUCUGUCGGCCAUCGUGGAGGUGAGGACCACCAUGCCUCUGGAGAUGCCUGACAAGGACAACACUUUCGUUCUUAAGGUGGAAAACGGGGGAGAGUACAUCCUGGAAACCAUAGACUCCCUGCAGAAAAACUCCUGGGUUGCUGACAUCCAGGACUGCAUAGACCCCGGUGACAGCGGCGAUGACAUCGAGCUGGCGUCCUGUCCUCAUGGUCAAGCCUCCAAAGACUGCUCUAUGGUGUCCUCCUGCAGCUGUGAGCUGCUCUCUGAGGGUGUGUAUCGAGCUCCGGAGAGGCCGUGUCCUACAGCAGCGGAGCAUUACAGUGCCCCCUCGGUCCGUUGCAGGGAACCCCCCUUCACACAGCACCCGUCCCACAUGCCUUUGGAGCGCUUCCUCCAGUCCCCAGAGGCUCAGAGCUCCAACUCUUCUGCAGGUGGCAGUGAAGGAGCCAAAGAGUCGGACGGGGAUGCCAGCCUGUCGAGUUACCCAUGGUUCCACGGUACUCUGUCCCGUGUGCGCGCGGCUCAGCUGGUGCUGGCAGGCGGGGCCAGGAGCCACGGGCUCUUUGUGAUUCGUCAGAGCGAGACGAGGCCGGGGGAGUACGUCCUCACCUUCAACUUUCAGGGCAAAGCCAAGCAUUUGCGUUUGUCGGUGAAUGAGAACGGGCAGUGCCAUGUCCACCACUUGUGGUUCCACACCGUGUCGGACAUGCUGAGACAUUUCCACGCCCACCCCAUCCCCCUCGAGUCCGGAGGCUCUGCUGACAUCACACUACGCUCCUAUGUGCAAGUGCAGCGAAGCUCAUCAACAGAUGUGUCUCUCCCUCCCGUCCUGACCCCACCCAGGGAGACAGGCUGCCGGACUGAUUCUGCCCAGACUCCUCUCCACCUUUCUGGGAUCACAGCGCCUGCAGGGCCCCCUCCUGAUGCCCCGCUCUCCUCGAGCACCUCCUCCUCACCCACCACCCUCCCCUCCCUGUCCCGCAGUGACCCAGGUACUGGAGGAGGAGUAGGAGGAGGGUUACAGAGCCGGAGCAACAGCUCUGAGCGCCUGCUGGAGGCCUCUAGCGGAGCGUCCGAGGACUACCACGACGCUGACGGGACUCGUAGGGCCCGGGCGGUGGAGAACCAGUACUCUUUUUACUAAACGACCCGGGGUGGGUUUAGUUAUGUAUCGGAGAUGACAUGGGGAGCUCUGCUGAUGAUGAAAACGUUCCAUAUCACUGGAUCACCCAUCGUUUUGUUUGUUUGUUUUAGUUUCAAGGCAAUUUCCUGUGUCUCUGAUUUAGGAAGGGUGGUGAGAUUAUGGUGAGCAGAAAGAUGAGUGUAGGCGGAGAGAGCAAUAGGAAGUCUUCAAGUGGAGUCAUAUGGCUUUGAUUAAUUUCUUCUGACCACUUCCUGUUCACCCUUACAGUUCCCUGGGAGCAGAGCCUGUGUCACCACCCUAGUGAAGGAUUGAGGGUUUGCAAUGACCCUGAAGAAACACCCCCUCCCCUCAGAGCCCCGAGAGCAUCCCUUAAUGUUUUUAAAGCUGCUUUGAGUCUGUCCCGGAUAUCCUCACUGUCCCCGCAGGGUUUCCCUAGAAGGUCCUGCCCUGGGCGUGUUAGCGUUAGCUCAGACAUGUUUUUCUUCAAACGUCUACAGCCUAAUGGGUCUUAGUGCCUGACAAUUACCUUGGACUUGAAUAGACUGUUGGUCAUAGCGUUUGCCAUCUCACAUAAACUCAAAAAACCCAAAAUGUUACGCAGGUAAUUACUAUAUCUUCAGUUUCUGCUAAAACACACUGAUCAUGCAUAUCUCAUCAUAAUGAAUUGGCUUUGUUUCUCAGUUUCAUUAAUGGCUGCAACACACACACACACACACACAGGUGGUCAUAUGUUGUUACAUAUCACUUUAGAAACACUGAAAUGGUACAUGGACACAUAUUCAGUUUGUAUGAAUACGGCCGGGUGGCUUACAUUUUGCCGUCAUACCGGGUUAUUUGUAUAAGAGUGUGUGAUGGUGUAUUAGAGCUCAAAUAUUUUUAAUGAUCGGUGUGCUACAGUAGUGUUUCUAAAACAUGGUUUUCGAGGUCCCUCCAUCUGGUGCCUGUUCUGUAUUCAAGCUUAUCAUAUCAAUAACUUGUAGAUUAGAUAUGCUGUUAAUAUAGGAGUUCACUUGAAGUAAUGCCUUGAAGAUAUUAUUAUUAUUAUUAUACCAAAUCCAGCAUUUAUUGGACGGACCGGGAUUCGCUUUUUAGAGAGGCAGCAGUAUUUGGUACUGUCAGUGCGGCCUGGUGUGGACAGGCAGUAAGUUAGGGGUAGUAGAUGGCCAUGUUUGAAUGAGAAGAUGUGAUGUUGUUGCUUUACUUUAUGCUGACAGAGUGAUGGGCUUGUUGAGUAAUUAACUCGUAAGAAAAACACAACAGAAUACUCAUGCUACUGUAAAAAUGUACAUCACAGACAUUCACUAUGUCACUUGACAUUUUGGAAAUGCUUUGCCAAGAGUUAAAUAAGAAAAUGGUUACCACUUUUAUGUUCAGUGGAGUGGUAUCAAUCCUCUGAUCCAACCUAGGGAUGUACUUCCCACAAUGUCAAACCUUUUUCUUUAUAAACUGGCGAGGCCCACCUUACAAAAUGAAUAGAGAGCAGCCAGAUUUCAGAUACUGUACUUCACACAUAUGCAAACUUUUGUUCGGAAAGAAUAAACAUAUCAAGAGUCAACAUUGGGCUUUUCAAGCACGGCCAUUUAGCUUCAAUGGUGACGUAUACAUUUCAGUCGAGGAGAGAACGGAGCAGUUCAUGUGCCAAUUUGAAUCCUAUUUUUGAAACAUAUUUAUUCCUCAGCUGUUGUAAAUUACAUUUUUCCUAUCGAGUCUUAUUUAUGUACAAUUGAUUGAUUCUUCUUGAUGAAACAUCCUCAGUGGAGCCCAUCUCACAGAUUGCUCAUGCCUCCCUUUUAUUUUCUUAACACUUCUUAAGCUACAUUUUCUGUUGUCUGACUGAGUUUUGAAGAGUCUGUGCAAUUUUGUACAAAGUGAUGUACUUGACAUACUACUUUAUAUUUCUGUGAAUAAAAUGUGAAGAAAUGUUG